CCAAUAUUUCAGACACAGCAGCUCAAUCUGAAUUUGCUGAUUGGCUACUUCAGGUUGGUGAAGAGCUUAUUCCUGAAGUCCAGCCUGAUAAAAGAGGUAUUCUUGCUCCACUUAAUGAUGAUAUUGAUAUGCUUAAUGCAAAAAUUCUUGCCCAGUUUUCUGAAAGCAAAAAAACUUACUACAGUGCAGAUAUGUUAGAUAAAAAUUCUGAAAUGUAUAAUACAGUUCAUGAAAGUUUAUAUUCUACAGAAUUUUUUAAUUCAUUAAAUUUUAGCGGAUUGCCUUCAUAUAAUUUAAUACUUAAAGUUAAUACUCCUAUAAUAUUAUUGUGUAAUAUUAACAUAGCUAAUAGCUUAUGCAAUAGAAAACACUUAAUUUGUAAAACUCUUCAAGAUUAUAUUAUUGAAGUAAAGCCUAUCAAUGGCCCUUUGGCCAGUGGAUGUGUCUUCUUACCUCACAUUUCUUUGUCUUCAACUAGAUCAUCUCUCCUAUUUGUACUUCAACAUAGACAAUUUUUAUACAAACUUGCAUUUGCUAUAUCUAUUAAUAAGUCUCAAGGACAAACAAUGAAUUGUGUUG